AUGAUGAUGAUAAUAGUGACAAGAACAGUAGAAGAAGUGACAAUACCAACAAGAACAACAACAACAACAACAACAACAGUAGUAUAUUAACAAGAAUGAAAAUAUUAAGUUGAAAAAAUUAACAGAACCAAAGACUAACUGAUAGAAAGCAUGUAGGAAACAAGGACAAGAUCAAGAUUAACAAAGAUAACAAAGGUGGUAUGAUGGAAGCCUGGGCGGUGAUCUUCUCUUCCGAGCGAGGGCACAGUGUAUGGAUGUGAAUGCAAGGAGUUACAGGUGGUCUGAGUCCCGCAGCAAAGUGUGCCAGAUGUGUGACAUGGGAGAAGAUGAGACGGUGGAACAUGUGGUGCUGGAGUGUGUGAAGUAUGCCAGAGACAGGAAUGAGGUGAUACAAGUGAUACUGACUGAGUUAGGGCAUGAUAGGAAUGAAAGAGUGGAGAAGACAGGAAAGGAAUGGAUGGUGGUGUUGCUGGGACUGUGUAGAGAGGCGAAUGAAAGGAUGAUUGAGGCGGUGAAAGAGUUUCUGGAGAGAAUGUGGCGUGCCAGGUGUAUGAACAAUUAGGAUAGAGGAUGCUGUUCGUUUCUCUUUUUUUUUUUUCCCCUUUCUACAGGAGUUGCCGAUCCAAAGGCCUGGCUCAGGAGUGAUCCUGUGCCACCUGUACCAUCAAGAUCAAGAUCAAGAUAACAAUGGGCCCCCUCCGCUCUGAGUGUGUACAAGUGGCUUUGCCUUGCUCUCUGAGUUUUCUCUGAGUUUUGUGGUUUGUUUCUCUUGCCUGUGUGCUGAAAUACCCUGAAAAUGGUGAUGAGCGCGUGUGGUUCAUGCGAGGAGAGUGUGGCGAACAGGCAAAGGGCUGUGGCAUGCGAGAGAUGCAUGGCCUGGUUCCAUGUAGCCUGUGUGGGCAUGAGGGAGGCCAACAUGAAGGCGCUGGGGUUCGAGCUUCUGGUGUUCCUCUGCAGGGAAUGCCUGAGCAAGAGCCUCAAUGAAUGGAGGAACCAGGAUGAAGAAAAAGAAGAGAGAGUGGAGCAGAGCACCCAGACAGAAAACCUGAUGAAAGAGACAGAAGCACAGACGACGAAGACUGAAGAAAGAAAAGACCAGCAAGAAGUGGUGGAAGUGGCCAGAACAGACAGACGCCCAAGGAAGAAGAGAAUGGUAGUCAAGAAAGCCCCAGUACGUGUCAUUGGAGACAGCAUGGUAAGGAAGACUCCCGACUUUGUGAGAAGGGAAAUUGAGUGCACCAGCAUGGGAGGUGCUAAGAUCCAAGACGUCAAGAGGAAAGUCAAGGAAGAAGUGCAAGAAAUGGAAGAGAGAAGCCUGCUAGUUGUCCAAGGAGGAGGCAACAACUUAGUAGAGGCAAGUGCUGAAGACACAGUAAAGGAAGUGAUAGAAGCAGUGAGGGCAGCAGAAGAGAAGAUGUGUGUGGCUGUGGUGGGGGUCCUGCAGCGCCCACGGGAAGGAGUGCAGCAUGAGAGGGUCAGAAGAGAAACGAACCGCAAGAUAUGCAUGGAACUCAUGAAGGUCAAGAUGGAAUGGAUGACAGAGAAGAAGGGCAACAUGAGCUUCCUGGACAUGGAUGGGAUCCUCGACCAGGACAAAUUCUUCGGGAGAGACGGGGUCCACCUCAACCACAACGUGAAUGAGAGGCUAGGACGUCGACUGGCCGAGUGGAUGAGGGCGAGGCAGGUGUGUUGUGUGGACGACGCAUGACGAGGAGGACCCACUGAUGUCAGCAAACAUGAAAGAAAAAGAGACUAACCAGGCACCGAGAGAGGACUGGAACGGGUGGAGCCUAUUUUGAAGUUCCACGUGGGAUCAACUCUCCUCCACUGGGCGGCAUCGAAGGGUUACGAUGACCUGGUGGUUGACCUCCUUGUUCGGGGCUUGUCUGUGGAUGCUUGUGAUCGGUUGGGCCGCACUCCACUGGGGCUGGCCACCUUUGCCGCCACACUAGUAUUGUCAACACCCUGCUGCAGGAGAACGCCUCUCUUUCUGCUGAAGGUGAGA